AGGCGUGGCGUAGGGCGUGACGUCACCGAGGCGAGGCCUGUUAGCAACAGUUGUCAGGGCGGGCGCCAUAGUGACGGUCGCCUUGGAGACGGGAAGGCAGGAACUAAAGCGAGAUAGAGAGCGAUUGAGAGAGAGGAGGCUGAGGUAAAUCUUGCUCCGGAUUAAGCGCCCAGUGGAAGAGGAUGCAGGCGUCCGAAGGUGUCUCCGGCCGGUCGGCCAUUGUCUCCCUGCGGUCAUCCUCGGUCCAGGCCCCGGUGGUGCAGCCGGUCCCCGCCUCCCAACAGGUCCAUCAUCAUCAUCAUCAUCGCUUCCCGGUGCAGAUCCAUUUCCUCGAAGGGGGAGAGGCGGCCCUUUAUCCCAAUGGGACAAUGUCCGUCACCUGUCAAUCUACUGCCUUUGCCCCGCCCCCUCAGCAUCCUGGCUCCGCCCCCUUCUUCCAGCCCCCUCCUUUGCAGCUGGAGACGGCCACGGAGAGGCUGCAGAAGAGCCCGGGCCCCCGGAAAAACGUCGUUCUGAACAGCCACCUGUCGUGGCUGCUGGAGAACUACGAGGCGGCGGAAGGGGUGAGCGUGCCCCGCAGCGCUCUCUACGGACACUACCUGCGCCACUGUCAGGGCCAGCGGGCGCCAACUGCCACCGCCAUGGAGCCCCUCAACGCCGCCUCCUUCGGGAAGCUCCUCCGGUCCGUCUUCCUCGGGAUCCGCACACGCAGGCUCGGCACACGGGGCAACUCCAAGUACCAUUACUACGGCAUCCGCCUCAAGCCCGGCUCCCCGCUCAGCCGCCGCCUGGAAGAGGAAGAGGAAGCGGAAGUGGAAGAGGAAGAGGAAACAAAGGAGCCCCAGCAGCAGCAGCACAAGCAGCACCCAAAGAUUAUCGCCCAAAAGCCAGACACGGAGGAGGUUGCGGCUUCCCAGAGCCAGCAUCACCAGCAGUUCAUAGACGUGACCCGCGUCCUUCCUGAAUUCCCGACCCUUGGCCUGGAAGGACUUGCGCUGAGCAACGCGGUGCAGUCGAACGAGGCCAAAACCUUGCAGAUCCUCUACCGACGGCACUGCGAGGCCAAUGUGGAGGUGGUCAAGAGCCUUGAGUUCGCCUACAUCGAGACGCUCUGGCAUUCUUUUUGGAAUUCCGAGGCCCUGUCCAGCGAUGACAACAACACCGACAGCGUCCGGCUCUUCCUCCCUCGGUCCAGACUGACCGCCCUGUGUGGCCUGAGCCCGGUUGUGUCCUGGAUGCAGAGCUGUGACCGGCUCCUCUUCCAGACCCUCCUGGAGACCCUCGUCCCGGACGUCCUGCGACCCGUCCCCGGGACGCUGACGCAGUCCAUCCGCACCUUCGCCAAGGGCCUCGAGGGGUGGCUGGCCAGCGCCAUGACCGGCUUCCCGCAACAAAUCCUCCAGGCCAAACUGGGGUCGGUGAGUGCCUUUGGGCGUGCGCUGCGGCGGCAGACCUCCCUGAACCACUUGGCGCAGGCGGCGCGGGCCGUCCUCCAGAGCCCGUCCCAGACCGGCCAGAUGCUGCGCGACCUCAACCGGGUGGACUUUGCGCGCGUGCAGGAGCAGGCCGCCUGGGUCUGCCGGUGGGGCCCCCAGGAGGACGAGGAGGCGGCGGCCGAGGAAGAUGCCGGCCUGGUGCGUCGGCUGGAGCGGGGCUUCAAGCGCGCCCUGGGCCGGCAGAGCUCCCUGGAGCAGUGGGCCCAAUGGAUGGAGAGCGCACUGUCACAUGCCCUCCGCCCACACCUGGGCAAACCACGGCUCCCCUCCGCCGCACGGCACUUCCUGCUCCAGUGGUCCUUCUACAGCUCGAUGGUGAUCCGUGACCUGACCCUGCGCAGCGCGGCCAGCUUUGGCUCCUUCCACCUCCUCCGCCUCCUCUACGACGAGUACAUGUUCUACCUGGUAGAGAACCGCCUGGCCCACCACGCCCACCAGGUCGGCGACCUCACCUCCGUGUCUCCGCAUCACCUGGAGGAAGACGCCCCGGAGCCUCCCGUGAAGCGGGAACGCCACGAGGAUGAUCCGGAACCUUCCUUGUCGCCACUGCUCUAGAACCGGACUCUGCGGGACGGAACCCGGGACCCCUUGCAAGGCAAAACAAUCAGGUUCAGAGACCCCACUGUGACCCGGAUGAAACCCUUUGCACUCUGACCACAACGCUGCCUUCUUCUUCUUCUUUUUGAUUUGCCAAAUAAACCGACUUGGUGCAAUUGUAUUAAGUGCAAGGGAGACUCAUUGCAAGGGCAACAAAAACUCCGUGCCAUUGCAUUAAGUACAAGCAUGGCUGUGCAAAUUGCAUCAUGUGCAAAGAAAACUCUGCAAUUGCAUCGAGUGCAAGGAGAGCUGCAAUUGCAACAAAAACUCAGUGCAAUUGCAUUAAGUGAAACGUAAACACUGCAAUUGCAUGAAGCACAAGGAAGACUCAGUGCAAUUGCAUUAAAUGCAGGGAAGACUCAUUGCAAUUGUAUUAAGUGCAAGGGAGACUCAUUGCAAGUGCAACAAAAACUCAGUGCAAUUGCAUUAAGUGAAACGUAAACACUGCAAUUGCAUGAAGCACAAGGAAGACUCAGUGCAAUUGCAUUAAAUGUAGGGAAGACUCAUUGCAAUUGUAUUAAAUGCAAGGGAGACUCAUUGCAAGUGCAACAAAAACUCAGUACAAUUGCAUUAAGUACAAGCAUGGCUGUGCAAAUUGCAUCAUGUGCAAAGAAAACUCUGCAAUUGCAUCGAGUGCAAGGAAAGCUGCAAUUGCAACAAAAACUCAGUGCAAUUGCAUUAAGUGAAACGUAAACACUGCAAUUGCAUGAAGCACAAGGAAGACUCAGUGCAAUUGCAUUAAAUGUAGGGAAGACUCAUUGCAAUUGUAUUAAAUGCAAGGGAGACUCAUUGCAAGUGCAACAAAAACUCCGUGCAAUUGCAUUAAGUACAAGCAUGGCUGUGCAAAUUGCAUCAUGUGCAAAGAAAACUCUGCAAUUGCAUCGAGUGCAAGGAGAGCUGCAAUUGCAACAAAAACUCAGUGCAAUUGCAUUAAGUGAAACGUAAACACUGCAAUUGCAUGAAGCACAAGGAAGACUCAGUGCAAUUGCAUUAAAUGUAGGGAAGACUCAUUGCAAUUGUAUUAAGUGCAAGGGAGACUCAUUGCAAGUGCAACAAAAACUCCGUGCAAUUGCAUUAAGUACAAGCAUGGCUGUGCAAAUUGCAUCAUGUGCAAAGAAAACUCUGCAAUUGCAUCGAGUGCAAGGAAAGCUGCAAUUGCAACAAAAACUCAGUGCAAUUGCAUUAAGUGAAACGUAAACACUGCAAUUGCAUGAAGCACAAGGAAGACUCAGUGCAAUUGCAUUAAAUGUAGGGAAGACUCAUUGCAAUUGUAUUAAGUGCAAGGGAGACUCAUUGCAAGUGCAACAAAAACUCCGUGCAAUUGCAUUAAGUACAAGCAUGGCUGUGCAAAUUGCAUCAUGUGCAAAGAAAACUCUGCAAUUGCAUCGAGUGCAAGGAAAGCUGCAAUUGCAACAAAAACUCAGUGCAAUUGCAUUAAGUGAAACGUAAACACUGCAAUUGCAUGAAGCACAAGGAAGACUCAGUGCAAUUGCAUUAUGUGAAACGUAAACUUGGUGCAAUUGCAUUAAAUGCAGGGAAGACUCAUUGCAAUUGUAUUAAGUGCAAUGUAAACACGAUGCAGUUGCAUUAAGUGCAACGUAAACUUUGUAAAAUUACAUUAAGUGCAACGUAAACUUCUUGCAAUUGCAUUAAGUACAACAUAAAACUCUGUGCAAUAGCAUUAAGUGCGUUGUAAACUCGGUGCAAUUGCAAAAAGAAAUAUCCCAAAGCCAGCCUUGCAAGGAUGACUCUGUGAAAUUGCAGUUGUGCAACGUAAACUCUGUGCAAUUGUAUUCUGCGCAGUGUAAACUUUGCAAUGGAAUUCGGUGCAACGUAAACUCUGUGCAAUGGCAUUAAGUGCGUUGUAAACUCCGUGCAAUUGCAAAAAGAAAUAUCCCGAACACAGCCUUGCAAUGGAAUUCAGUGCAACGUAAACUCGGUGCAAUUGUAUUCUGUGCAAUGUAAACUUUGCAAUGGAAUUCGUUGCAACGAAAAUUCUGUGCAAUAGCACCGUGCGCAACGUCAACUCUGUGCAAUUGCAAAACAAAAUAUAUUCCCAAAGCGUGAUGGUU